AUGGGCGACUACGAGCCCGAGUCCGGGCCCCCUCCUGGCCUCAACAACAUCGAGAUCAAUCAGGCCGUCACCAGAGCCGCGCGCCCUAACGGCGGCGCGCGCGAUGCCAACGCCGCCUCCAAGCCGUCGCGCCGCCCGAGCCCCGACUCCGACCUCGCGGGCACGUCCUCGGUGCCGUCUCCGGCGAAUCCCGAUUUCCCGCUGUCAGCAAAGGACCUCCCGGCCAACAGAAAGGGCAUCCGCCCGAUCGACUACCCCCCGCACGGCACCGAGGUGUACGUGCGCGGCCUCGCGCCCAGCGUCACCCCCGACGACCUCCUGCCCGUGUUCGCGCGGAUAGGCAGGGUGUUUGCGAUCCGCAUGAUCGACACCCCGCGGGGCAGCAACUCCGGCAGCGGGUUCGUGAUGUACGAGGCGCGCGCGAGCGCCGACGCCGCCGUGCGGGAGCUCCAGGGCCGGAAGAUCAAGGGCCGUGCGAUCGGAGUGGAGUUCACCAACGUCAGCAACCGUUUGUACCUCCGGGGAGUCCCCCAGCGAGUCGGUGAAGACGAGCUGAUCGCGGCGCUCGAGGCCGGCGGCGUCGAGGGCAUCACGAAGGUGGGGUUGCAGCUGGAGAAGGGCGGCGUCACUCACAAAGGCAGGGCUUUCAUUACUUUCCUGAACCAUAUCUGCGCCAGGGAAGGCAUGCGGCGCAUCAUGCGGCGCGAAGCCACCCUCCCCGACCCGCGCGGGCCCGGCGGCGCCGCCCAGCUGGACGUAGAGUUCGCGAAGACGCCGGAGCCGGGGUACGAGGCGGCGCAAGAGAAGGUCAAGUGCGUCCACGUGGCUGGUCUGCCCGGCGGCACGACGGCGGAGGACCUCACGGAGGCGUUCCGGCCGUUCGGCGACAUCGAGGAGGUCCGGCUCGGCGCGUCGACGCGGGCCUCCGUGAGCGGGGCGCACAACUUUGGCUUCGUGAGUUUCGCAGAGCGCGCAUCGGCGCUGGCGGCGAUCGAGCACUUCGCGCAGGACGGCGUCCCCUGCACAAUUCGCGGCACCGUCGUCGGUGUGCACCUCGCCAGGCCGGAGAAGUCGGCGUUGCGAAAGCUUGGGAGUGACCGCACGUCGAUGGGCAGCGCUGGGCGGGGAGGUGCGGGGCGGGCGGCGCCCCGAGGCCCGCCGCGGCGCCAGGAGAUGGACCAGCGGCCGCCGCCGCUGGACGAGUCGCCGCGGCGCGUGUGGUUUGACGGGCCGGAGCCGCAACAGAUGGGUGCGCUGCACGCGCAGGAUGCGUACGGGUACAGUGAGCCGCCUGGCGCGAUGCGCCGGGCGCCUCCCGGGCCGAUGGCGCGCCAGCUCGCGUACGCGGAGGAGUACCCCCGCGCGGCGUACGGCGCGUCGCGCACACGCGACUUGGGGGACUUGUCACGAGCCCCCCCGGGACACCUCCAGAGCAGGCCGACGCGCGCGGACGCGUACGCGGAGCGUGCGGUGUACGAACAGCCGCCGCGCGGCCGCGAAGCGGGCGGGAGGUACGACCGCGGGCUAUCGCCGGGGCGGGGAGACCUGCGCGGCUACGACGCACAAUUCGGAGGCCGCCGGGAGCCGCCGGCGGCGGAUGCGCAUUUCGGGGCUCCGCGCUCGAUCCACCACGACUAUCGCAGCGCGGGCCCGCCGCAAGAGCCGAUGCAUGCCGCGGCGCACGGCGCCAGGUAUGACGCUUACGGGAACAUGAGUCAGGACCCGCACUACGCCCGGGGGGGACCACCGGCCGCUCAGGACCCCGGCUACGGACGCAACGUGGCGAUGUCCGCGAGCGGGUACGGAUACGGGGCGGCUACGGGCCCAGUGGUGCAAGCGGGCGGGUAUGGCAUGCCGCAAGGCGGCGCGUACGCAGCAUCGCAGCAGCAGCAGCGCGGCGCGUACGAGGAGUACGAUCCGAUGGCGCAGGCGUACGGCGGCGGUGGGUACGGCGCCAGCACGGCGGUGUCGAACGCAGGAGGGGGGUACUAUGGUCAUGCCGGUGGUGGUCAGGGGGGAGGUUAUGAUCUUGUGUUGGGGAGCGGGGGGUAUGGCGCCGGCGGCGGGUACGCGGCGGGUGCGUACGGAGGUGUGCCGUCGGCGCAGGGGGCUCAGGACGGCUACGGCGGCUACGGCACGGGGGGGUAUGACGCUGGGUAUGGGGGGGGCUAUCAGGGAUACGGCGGUCAGGGCGACGCAGGGUACGGCGGUGCGAGUCAACCGGCGACGCAGGGCAACUACCACAGCUAUGGUCCGGACACGUUCAGCACGUACACGCCCUACUGA